CCACAAUGCUGCUGCGGCACCAGCCCGGAAGUAGGACGUUUAUUGACAACAUGGCCGUUGAACUGGGCUCGGAUUUGGAGCAAAUUGGGAUUUGACAGCGGGGCCGCGACAACACGCCGUUCCCUCGCCGGCAGCGUGCGGGACAGAUGCUUUUGAAUGAGGGGAGCCGCGGAGGCACGGGCCGGUGUCAGUGAGCCGAGGAAGCGUCCGGAGCGUGAAACCCGUCAUGUCGUUUUUCAAGAGGAAAGCCAAAAGCAAAGAACCUGAGAAAGUAACCGAUGCUAAAGUCAAUAGAGCCAGCCCUGACUCUCCAUCGUUAGGACUGAGGAACCAUGCCAUCCAGGAAGCUGCGGGGCCCAGCCAUGUGGCCAUCAAUGCCAUCUCUGCCAACAUGGACUCCUUCGCCCGCGGCCGCACCGCCAUCCUCAAGAAGCAACCGAGCCACAUGGAGGCUGCGCACUUUGGAGAUCUGGGUCAUUCCAGUGUGAACUAUCAGCCGCAGGAGACCCGCUCUCGACUAUCCAAGACGGUGGACCAGGUCCUGCGGGACAAUGUGGCGAUUCCACACUAUAUGCAUUUCAUGGAAUUGCAGGGCGCAGACCACCUGGUUCGGUUCUGGUUGGAGGCCGAGAGUUUCCGCUCCACCAGCUGGUCGCGAGUCAGAGCACACAGUCUGAAUUCUGUCAAACACAGCUCCUUGGCCGAGCCCGUCCCCGCCUCGCCAGAUGGCUCUGAGCUCCCAGCGACGGCCUCUCACACACCCAAUGCCCUCUCGCGGGAUAGUAGCACCGAACGUCCGACGGUGCCAUCGGAGUGGCAGGACUCCUCCAGCACGGAGGCUGGCCUGAGACCCGGCACCCCCCGAGCAGACACACCCAGCAGGCAGGCCUCCUCCAGGACGGGGACUCCCUUCAAGGUGCAGUCUAACAGUACCCUGCAGGAGCUCUCUGACAAGCUCAUGAAAAGUAUAGAGAAAGAUGCAGUCACCAUCUUCACCAAGUUCAUCUCUCCAGACGCCGUGAGGCCCAUCCCCGUCACAGAACCCUUCAGAAAUGACAUAGUCGCUAAGAUAUGUGGAGAGGAUGGCAUGGUGGACCCAAACUGCUUCGUUAUUGCACAGUCGGUAGUGUUCGCCAUCUUGGAGCAACAGCACUUUAGUGAAUUCCUGCGGAGCCAUCAUUUCUGUAAAUACCAGAUUGAAGUGUUGACAAGUGGCUCUGUGUUCCUGGCUGACAUCUUGUUUUGUGAGUCUGCUCUCUUCUACUUCUCUGAGUACAUGGAAAAGGAGGAGGCGAUGAAUGUACUGCAGUUCUGGCUGGCAGCAGACAACUUCCAGAACCAGCUAGCAGAUAAAAAGGGCCAGUAUGACGGCCAGGAGGCUCAGAAUGACGCCAUGAUCCUCUACGACAAGUAUUUCUCACUCCAAGCCACAAACCCUCUGGGCUUCGGCGACUCGGUGCGGAUGGAGAUAGAGUCGAAUAUCUGCCGAGAGGGAGGGCCGCUCCCCGACUGUUUCACCACUCCACUCCGACAGGCCUGGACGACAAUGGAGAAGGUCUACAUGCCAGGCUUCCUGUCCAGCAACCUUUACUACAAAUACCUGAGUGACCUCAUCAACUCGGUGCGGGCGGAUGAAUUUGUGAAUGUCAGCGCUCCAGGUCAGAGCGGGCUCGCGGACAACAACCGCUCGAGUUCAAAUGUCAGCGAGGCCUCACAGCAAGGAGCCAAAAGGGCAGCGAUAAAAAUCCUGAAAAACUUCGAUGAGGCGAUCACCGUGGACAUCGCCAGCCUGGACCCUGAGUCCUUGUACCAGCGGCCGUAUGCUGGGAAGAUGACGUUCGGGAAGGUGAAUGAGCUGGGCCAGUUUAUCAGGGAGGCAGAGCCCGAGCCGGAUGUGAAGAAAUCCAAAGGCUCCAUGUUCUCUCAAGCCAUGAAGAAAUGGGUCCAAGGCAACUCCGAUGAGGCCCAGGAAGAGAUGGCGUGGCAGAUCGCCAAGAUGAUCGUCAAUGACGUCGUCCACCAGUCAAAUCACGACAGCCCCGGCAAGGCCACCAAGUUAUGACCCGCUAAGAAACCAAAGGAACGUCACUCCCUGCGGACACUGGCCAGACAGUGACAAAGCGUGCUCUGGGUUCACCCUGCAACAAACUGCAUUACUCUGAGAGCGAACAAGGCUUUUCUAUCACCUCCCUGACCACGUCUCUGUGCGCGUAUGUAUGUAUGUAUGUAUGUAUGUAUGUAUGUGUGUAUGUGUGUAUGUGUGUGUGGUUGUGAGCUCAGUUGUGUGAAUGUUCAGGCAUGGGCUAGUGGAAAACUUGAAGUAGAUAAUUGUUUGAAGCUUCCAACUCCAUACCACUAUAAAGGUUCAUGUGUAGUGAAAAGUAAAAGCAGCGCAGAGAGCGUGCGUCCGAUUGGAGGAUUUCGCUCCUCAGGAUGGGAACCUCCACCGUGACGCUGGAGGAAAAGAAGCAGCAUUAUCGUCCGGACUGUCGCUGUGCGGCUGCAGCCAUAGUGUUUGUACAAUGUCUCAUCUCGGACCUAUGGAGGACGUAUCAAAGACUGAAUGACCCACACUCCCUGGUGACACGCCCACCCACACCUUUUAGAAGCAUUCCUUGUUUUUAGAUGAAAACCUUGUGUAAGGCUCAGCUAGUGAAGACGGAAAAAUCACCGGUUUGGAGCAAUGUACAGUUUUUGUUUUUGCAUUUGCUUCCCCUCAGCCUGCCCUGGAGUAGUUCUGUUUUGCUGCUCCCUCACAUGAGCUGUCCUUACCGUGGCUGUUAACUGUUCGUACUGUAGAACAUGUGGAACUGUGACAAUGAAACACGAGAGGAUCUGAUACAGUUCUUGGACUUCCUAUGUUAACCUCCUGGCACCUUCAUAGAGUGUAGAAGAAGAAGAAAUACUCCAUAAUGUACUUAAAAUGCUCCGGUCGUGUUGGAAAACUCCAAACUCCAUGUUCUAAAUGUUUUUACAUUUUCUGGUUUACCCCAUAUAUCAACGUUAGUCCUUUUUUAUGAUGAUCGCAGCUUUUUUUCUUUUUCUUGCAUCACUAAAACAAACAUCCGUGAUAACCAGACUGUUCAACUGGAAAGUGUGCUCAAUUAAUUCAACUUUUUUAUUUUAUUUUUUAAUUUCUUUUGAGCCUUACCAAGAUGUGGAACCAGAAAAGACUCUUGGUACUAUGUACCACUAAUGUUUUCUGACAUGUACAUGUACGUAAUCUAUAAUAUAUUUAAAAUUGUGUUUGAUUUAAAUACAGAUAUUAUGAAACGUUCCGUCUGUCCUCAUUUUUGUUUGUACGGUAUUGUAUUUUCAGCCCACUGCAGGCCGUGGUUAUGUCGACACAGAACGUCGAUGAUGUUAACAGGCUGAUUUUGUUUUUAAAAAAAAAUAACGUUCAAAAAAGUAUUGUAGUUAAAAAUGUGGUUAGAGUGGCACGCUCUGUUAAAUAGGAGGACUCGUAUUGACUCUGGCCAUGAGGGGGCGACAUUUGCUGUGUUGCUAUGGUGUGUUCACCAGAGGAAGGACCUUGAUGACUCAGUAUAUUGUUUCGGAGUUUACUUUCAGUCAGUGCGUCUCACACAGGCCCAGCUACAUCCACGAAUUGUAAGAUACAACUCAUCUCCAAGGGCUGAACGUCACCAUGGUUACAGUUUAGUUCUAUGAAGCAUUUACAUUCGAUUCAUUCCUGUUUUUAAGGAUCUGACUGUUGAAGUCAUGUCUUGCUGUUUAUUAGUUAUUGACAGUUUAGUGCUGUUUAACAUGCGCUUCAUUAGAACACUAGCAUUUCUCCCAAUCGCUGAAUUCGACAGACGUUGACUUUGUUGCAGUUGGAUGUAUUUAAAAUGUACAGUUAAACCUGCUGUUAAUGAAUUACUGAUAAAUAUUAUACAACAUUAA